ACACAUGUUUACAUAUAAAAAGCUGACUUGGUUUUCUAGUUUCAACAAACUGUUUAUUUCUCUAAUCAACAACAAAGAGAAGUAAUAGCAAACAAUGACAAUGUCAAUGUCAAUAUGCACCCAACUAGGAGCAAAGAUUCCACCACGAUGCUAUCUAAUGGACCAAUCCAAAACAUUCCUUAAUCUCCAAAAGACACAUUCAAUGCCCCCAGAGAAAAAAGAAGUGUUCAAAUCCCUGGAUAAAUGGGCAGUGAAGAAUCUUUUGCCACUAAUCAAACCUGUGGAGAAAAGCUGGCAACCCCAUGACUUGUUGCCAGACUCGUCGCUACCUGCGGAUGAGUUCAUCGAUCAAGUGAAGGCCCUGAAAGAUCGAACGGCCGAGCUUCCCGACGAUUAUCUUGUGGUUUUGGUCGGUGGCAUGAUCACCGAGGAAGCAUUGCCUACGUACCAAACAUGGGUGAACGGGUUGGAUGGAAUUGGGGACGAGACAGGGUCAAGUUUGACACCAUGGGCUAUAUGGACAAGAUCUUGGACUGCCGAAGAAAAUAGACAUGGAGAUUUACUCAAAACCUAUCUCUAUCUUUCCGGUCGCGUUGAUAUGCGCAUGAUUGAGAAGACGAUCCAUUACCUGAUUGGAACUGGCGUGGAUGUGGGAACCGAAAACAAUGCGUACAUGGGCUUCGUGUACACAUCAUUUCAAGAGCGAGCCACAUUUGUGACGCACGGCAACAUAGCUCGAAUGGCCAAAGAAAGAGGUGAUUUAGUACUUGCACAAAUAUGUGGUACCAUUGCUGCGGACGAGAAGCGCCACAAGAACGCUUACGUGAGAAUCGUCGAGAAGCUUCUAGAAGUGGACUCAUCAGAAACUAUGAUGGCUAUAGCAAAUAUGAUGCGGCGCAAGAUUACAAUGCCCGCACACUUGAUGCACGAUGGACAAGACCCGCGACUCUUCGAUCAUUAUUCAGCGGUGGCGCAGCGUAUUGGCGUGUAUUCGACGGAUGAUUAUGCUGAUAUCUUGGAGUUUUUAAUUAGAAGGUGGAAAUUGGAGAAGCUUGAGGGCUUGACAAGUGAGGGACAACGUGCACAAGAGUUUGUGUGUAAGCUUGCACCGAGAAUAAGAAGAUUGCAGGAACGUCUUGAUUUGCGAGCAAGCAAGAUCAACCACAAAUUCAGUUGGAUCUUCAAUAAAGAGGUGUCAUUGUGAUGUUUUAUAGUCUCCCAUUAAUAUUUAAUUAGUUAACAAUAGUAUAUAAACUUCUCAUAUUUUAUAAUACUUAUUUAAAACAUAGCUUAGCAUGGAAAUGGAUUCAUGCUCAUGCGCUUUGAAUUUUGUUGUUUUUUUACUGAGAGGGGGGUCCGUUCAAAUGACUAGGUAGUUAGGGGUAUGCUGGAGUGUGGAGUGGAGUGGCCAGCUAUACUCUCCAACUUGCUCUCUCUCUCUAGAAAUAUGUUCUGUCAAAGACUUAAGAAAGUCUGUACCGUUGAAUUGAUUGACUUUAGUUUUUCUUUUA